CAACGAAAACAUGGCUGACAUCAAGACUCUCGAGCAUUCAACAUUAAAAGUAUAUAGAAAUUUAACCGUUACAUACUAUAUAGUUUAGGAUGUCUAAUAUCAUUAUCAUUGAAGAUAUUUAUAAUUUACCUUGCACUUCACUUGAUUUCUUUUCAAAUAGUGUUUAUUUAGUUGUUAUCUUAAAAGUUUUUUUCUUCUCGUCGCAGUGUGAAUGAGAUAAUAUAAGUAAGAUCAGAUCACUGAUUGAUUCAUAAAAUAUGUCAUAUUCUCAUUGAUGGAAUUGAUGAUUGAUUAUGAUUGAUGAAUGAGGACAGUUCGACACUGAAUGAGUGAUUGAGUGAAUACAUGAUCAUAAUGAUGUAUCUAAAUGAUUGAAUGAAAUUUUAAAAUACUUUAUUGAAUCAGUCUCGUUUUUAGUUUAGUAAUAAUAAUAAAAGUUAUUAAAAGUUGUAGGCAGUCAGUAGGUUUAGCUUAGAGACCUUUAAUAAUAAAUUGAUAAGUAAGUUUAUGCCUAAUUUAUUUAGCCUAGUGACUAGUGGUAGUAGUAGUAGUUAGUAGUCUAAGUAGUAGUAGUUAUAGUGGGUAACUAGCCCCUCCUAGAAAUAACAUUAGUAUUAAUUAUUAGCUGGGCUUAUUUUUAUAAUAGAACGCACCGGGUGGGAAACCAGCACCUUCUUUUUCUAUGGAUUUUCCAAAAAGUAACUUGAAAAUAUGGUGUUUGGUCCAUGUGCACUUGAAUCGCUCUUUUGAGUGUAGCAGGUAGCAAGUAGGGAAAAAUCUUUAAAAGGUGCAUGCAGGCUACUUAUGUAAUUGUCAAGUCUGAAUCUGAUGCAUAAAUUACAUACUGUGUCCGCUCUGGUUGUCAUGGCAGGGCUUUGCUUUUCAAUGGUCAUGAGGUUGCAAGCUGUGUGCUUACUGUGGGCGGCGACCGCUAUGUUUUGUUACACAACUGAUGUGUGUAGCAGUGUGUCCACUGUCGAGUGAUUGAGUACUUGCGAAUAGGGGUGUAGCGGGGGGGGGGGGCGGUCCACUCCAGGGUGGCACAUUUUUACCCUUUAUUGAGGUGUGACAGGGUGUCAUUUUUGGCCAACUAGAGUUGUUUCGAGGAAGGGAGCGGCAAAAGCUAGGCACUAAUCCUAGCUACACCACAUGUCGAGUGAUUGAGUACUUGCGAAUAGGGGUGUAGCGGGGGGGGGGGCGGUCCACUCCAGGGUGGCACAUUUUUACCCUUUAUUGAGGUGUGACAGUGUGUCAUUUUUGGCCAACUAGAGUUGUUUCGAGGAAGGGAGCGGCAAAAGCUAGGCACUAAUCCUAGCUACACCACUGCUUAGAGCGGUAAAUAAUUUCUUAAUAUUAAAAACUUGUUUGUAGUAUGGAAUAAUUUACUAAUUACUUCUGAAUAACUUGCCCUAAUAUUAGAAAGGCCAGAAUAUUAAAAGACACUCUGACAGAAGUCACAAAAAUAACAAAACUGUUGACAAUUCUGUGUCUGAUUUUGAGAAGCAAAGAUUUACUUCAAAUGACAUUCUCGUCUGCUGGAUCUAUUAUUUAAUUUUAUUUCAAUAAGGGGCCAUCCAUAAAUGUCGCUAUGUUGGCCCAUUUUAGACCUCCCCUCCCCCAUUGUCACACAGUUUAGACACUCUCAUAAUAGAUUUUCACAAAAUAAUGACCCCCCUUUCCCAAUGUAUGACAUUAUGGUUGACCCUUAAAAGAUUAACAAGAUAUGAGUACCAGUCCCUUAAAAAAAAAUGAAAACAAAAUUCACUGGUUGUUAGUUAAUAUAGGAUUAUUAAAUAUUUAAAUUCAACCUUAUAGGCAGAGGCUAUUAGUUCAGUAAUUGGCCUAAUAAUUACAAAAUAAGUAAUAUUAAGCCUACUUUAAUUUAAUCAUUACUAUUAGAUAGGUUAGGUACUAGUUCUAGGAAUUAAUAAGAGCAUCACUUAUUACUCAUUAAAGUAUAAAUAUUUAUUGAUUAUGAUUAUCAAGCUGGACAGGCAGAAUCAAUCUCAAAUUCAUGCCAAUCUGAAACUGUGUGCAGCUGGCAGAAAUUCUGCCUCACUAAUCCCACAUUCCAAACAAAAAUAGAGGAUGCCAUAAAGUGUAGAGAUGGAAGAAGGGUUACCCCUAGUUGCUAGACUCACCACUGAGCUGUACCCUGUUCCUAAUGAUCAUUAAAAACUUAUCAGACAAAUUGCAGAUGGAAAAAGACACCUAAUGCUGCAGAUGACAUUGCUAUAUGAUGCUCUUGCAGAGGUAAUGGUGCAAGAUGUCUUAAUGAAGAUUUGAGUAGGCUCAUUUCAUGCCAUGAAAAAUGGAAAUUGACAUUAAACUUAAUUAAGACUGUUUACUCUUUCUUCACCAAAAGCAACUGGUUACCCAAACAUUUAAUCACAUUUUCUCAACAAGGCAGACUAUUCAAAAAGGAAGAAAACAAGACUUAUAGAGGCAUACAAUUUGGAUAUAAACAUCUACAAGCACAUGAAAAAUUUGUGAGAGGUUAACUGGAUGAUGUCUAAACCUAGUAAAAAGUUUGGAAAUCGCCUCAUGGGAUAGUCAUAAAACCACACUACGCAAAGAGUGUAUUAUAGUUAUAAAUAAAUGUCGUGAAUUUUGUAUUGUCCUCAAACCACAUUUAUAAAUAACUUCACAAACAUAAAUUCAUCUUAAAGUUGACUUGAAUUGUUAUUUUUAUUAUUGCACUAAAUAAAUAAAUGAUUAUUUAUGUUUUAGGUCCCUUAUGAACUUUUGAACAAACAGUUUCGAGGAUCACAGAAAGUGAUUGAUAGAGAAGCAUCAAAACUUAAUACUACUGCUGGAGAAUUGGAGAAGAAAUUUCAAGAUCCCAGAUUAACUGUGAGAGAUGUUACCUCUGCACUGUCAACUAUGGUUGACAAUUUGUCAAUGCUCAAGAGAAAAGUAAGUUGAAUUAUUUUGUAAUCAUAUAUAUAUUUCCUUAAAUUUAUUAUUAAAUACUUUUUAAUUUACAUUUAGCUGGAAGAGUCACAUACACAUUGCAAAGAGCAAUAAUUUACCUUACUCUGUUGCAACAUUUAGUAACAUUUAAGAGCAAAGUUAAGACUACAUGAGUGUGAAAGGAAUCAUUGACCUCUUCAAAAAUAGUUUAUCAUAUUCAUAUGCUUGGCUGCAUGUUCAAAAGUCCUACAGAUGACAUGCCUGUUUCAUUGUUUUUUCAAAUUUCACAAUAAUACCGGUACAUAAAUAGGUUAAAUAGAGUUUGAUGUAGUAAUUUAACUAUAACUAUGUGUAUGAUUGUGCUUUACUGUAUAUUUAAUGUGCAUAAUUAACACAAAUUUCAAAAAUAUUUUGUUUUUGAAAUAUAGAUGUCAAUGAAUGGGAUCAAAAAUUGAAAAACAUUAUUUAAAAAAUUUGCACAAAAAAAUGAAAUGUUGAAAUAAGAAUAUUUAUAAAUUUUUCAUUUAAUGAUCAAUGUUGGGAAUGGUUGAAAACUUGAUAAUUUCUAUAUUUGCUUGAAAACCAAAAGAAGUGUCAUUGUUAAAUUUGCAGUGCAAAUAAGAUCUCCGCCCUUGUAACUUAAUCUGAAAGAUUAUAUACACCAUGGGGGCUUAAAAAAGUCUUAAUAGUAAUAGAGGUAGAAUUUCCCUUCCUUGCCUCAAAGUUUCAUUUGUGCACAUUUGUGCAACUUUGUUUUAAAAUCUGCUUUCGUGUCAUGUGAGUCUGAAGCAAAGUGCCUGUGAUAUCCAAUUGAAUAAGCAUAGAUAAUUCCAGGUUAUUUGGUCAGCCGCUCAGAAACUUCCCAGAUGCAUGUCUAAUUCCAUCUCUCUUUUAAAAAAAUUAUAUUUACCCAUUUAAAGCGAAGGUACCAGCCUACAAUCGACCCAUUUUAUCUUAUUGGUGAUAAUUCUUUUUAUUGCUUGAAACAAUAGUUAUGUAAAAAGUACUUCUUGACUUGUACUCAUUUCAUUGAGACACAUGCAGUUUUUUAGUAGUUGAUCUUAAAAAAUAAUUAUUUUAUGUUCUAAUUAUCAUCUUUAGGCUGAGGAAAGCAUUCAGGAAGAAUUGGGAGCAUCCAGAGUGAUAAAAAGGAGAUUAGAACAUCUACAGGAGCGAGACACUCCAGGAAUUAAAGACUUAACUCCUCCAACUUGGUGGCAAAAAAAUAGGUUGGACAGAAUGCUGGUGGAGUAUUUUUUAAGAGCAGGCUACUAUAGCUCAGCACUCAAGCUGGCCAAACAUUCCAACAUAGAGGUUAGUAUUGUAUUUGAACUAAAAUUUGAUUUUCAUAAAUGUGGCUGGGUCAACAGGUUACUCAAUGAAAUGAUUUUUACAUUUUUUCAAUUUAUUUUAGACAUAUUAAUUUUAGAAGUUUUUAUUUGAGCAAAAAUUUAUUGUUAUUUAAUAUUGGGCCAUUAUUAAUUAAAUAACUGACUAUACAUAUUCACACAUUUAAUAUAAAUUACAAUGAGAAUUCACCACAUCACAAUUGAUUAUUUUCAUAUGUAAAAUGUUUUAAAAUGGCAGAGUUUAUAUAUUUUAGCCAUUCUUCAUUCAUCUUAAUCUUAAUGAUAAGGAAAUGAGUGUUAAUGAGUUUAAACCAGUCUUUACAUUACAAAAUAUACUUUUAAUAACACUAUUCUUUCAGGAUCUGACAAAUAUAGAUUUAUUUAUGACAUCCAAAGAAAUUGAAGAUGCACUUGCAAAAAGUGAUACAAAACCAUGUCUGAGUUGGUGUGUAGAUAAUCGUUCAAAGCUUCGUAAAAUGAAGGUAAUGCGAUAUUAUAAAAUAUGUAUGGAGAUAUACAUAUAUAUAUAUACACACACACACACACACACAUAUAUAUAUUAUGUGACUGUGUAAUAAUAUGGAGCCAAAUCUUGAAACUUUUAAAAACAUUUUUAUAACGAUAAAAUACAUUCUCUUCCAUUGUUUCAUUUUUUUUCCCACAAGUUCUGGCUACUAACAUUAAUUGUUUAAUUUCAGAGCACCUUAGAGUUUAAUGUGCGAAAGCAAGAAUUUGUAGAGCUCAUUCGUGAGGACAAGCGCCUAGAUGCAAUCAGGUGACAUUUACUUCUUGUAUGGGAACAUAAGAAAAUGUGGUUAUACCUUGCAGGCAAAUUGUGUUAGAAGGGUGAUGGUAAGAUUACUGAAGGGUAGUGCAGUUAAAGUGCAACUUUAAAUGUAUAACCUAUUGUGAAAAGGAGGUUAACCAUUGCCUGUCAUUUGAAAAAUGAUCAAUUGGAAUGUAAAGAUGCACAUUUAAUGUGUAACAAUGUUAUAUUACCGAUAUGACAAUGCUUGGUGGUAACAUUGUUAGCUAAUACUUUGUACGGCCUUUGGCUGCUGAUGGAAUAAUUGAUUCAUUCCAGUGUCCACUCCUCAUACUCAUUUGUUUCUCUCUCUCACCAAGAAAGUGAUGACGUCCAAUUGUAUAAUUUACAGUACUUUAUUACAUAUAAUAAAUACGUCAAACAAUAAUUAAUUCCUUAAUUCCUUUUAUUCUGUUUGUCUGGACAAUCCUUAAUGAAGACUUUUAACAGCUUCUUUAAUAUAUGAUUUCAGACAUGCUCGCAAAUAUUUCUCCACGGCAGAACAAACGCAAGUAUUAGAAGUGCAAAAGCUGAUGGGAAUGCUUGCUUUUAGUUCCGAUAAUCCUGAGAACCCCUAUAAUGUAAUUAUUUCAUUAAGUUAUAAUAUCAAUAAAUGAUUUCAAAAAGCCUUCUUUAGUUUAAAAUUACAAUAACAUAAUGGAAACAUUAAAGGAACACAGCUCAUAUUGAUAGAGCUAAAACAAUCAUAGCUCAUAGUGACAGAGUUAAAAGAUCAUAGCUCAUAUUAAUAUGGUUUAAGGAUCAUAGCUCAUGUUCAUAGGGUUAAAAGAUUAUAACCUAUGUAGUGUGCUGGACUAGACAGCUUCCAACCCUAUGAAGUGUGAUGGACUAGACAGCUUCCAACCCUAUGUAGUGUGAUGGACUAGACAGAUUCCAACCCCAGGUAGUGGGAUGGACUAGACAGACUCCAACCCUAUGUAGUGUGAUGGACUAGACAGAUUCCAACCCGAGGUAGUGUGAUGGACUAGACAGAUUCCAACCCCAGGUAGUGUGAUGGACUAGACAGAUUCCAACCCUAUGUAGUGUGAUGGACUAGACAGAUUCCAACCCUAGGUAGUGUGAUGGUCUAGACAGAUUCCAACCCGAGGUAGUGUGAUGGACUAGACAGACUCCAACCCUAUGUAGUGUGAUGGACUAGACAGAUUCCAACCCUAGGUAGUGUGAUGGACUAGACAGAUUCCAACCCUAGGUAGUGUGAUGGACUAGACAGAUUCCAACCCUACAUAUUGUGAUGAGCUAUGUUCAUUUUAUUUGAUUUUUUUCUUGUUUUAAUUGUUUGCUUUAAAAACAUUCAUUGUUUUGUAUUUUCCUCCAAACUUUUGUUCCUUAUUUCUUUUUUAAAACAUGAUCCUCCAUAUUCUUCUUCUCAUUACAUUUAAUCUACAUUUUUUAAACCACUAUUUCUUUACUUUGACUCUUCCUACAUAAUUGAUAGAUCAUUCCCUGAACACUUUAACUCAAAGUCAGGCAUGCAAUAGAGUGGAAACAGAAACUAAAUAAGGAAAUAGUUUAUAUUUGACUUCGCUCUACCAAUAUGUUUGUGAUAAAUGUUUAAUAGUUACCGAAAAUUGAAUUUAUAACCUAUAAAAAUUCAUUUUAAAGAAAUAAAAUUCCUACUCUUUUUAAAGAUUACAAUUUUAUUUAUUAGUAUUUGUAUACCGUACUUUAAGAAAAAGAUUCACUGCAUUUUUUUAAAGUUUAAAAUCAAUGAUAUGUUAUGUUAAUUAUUUCUGUAUACAAUUCAUGCAAGCUAUAUUUUUGUAUACUCUUUGCAGGAUCUGCUGGACAAGAACAACUGGCAGAAAUUAGUUUUACAGUUUAGGCAGGAAAAUUUCAAAUUGCACCAAUUAAAUAGUACCUCUGUGUUUACCGCUACAUUGCAAGCUGGGCUAUCAGCUCUUAAAACACUGUAUCCUUUUCUCUAUACUAAUUAACUUCAUUUUGAAUUUUUAAACAGAUUUGUAUUUUACUAAUUUGAGACGAAAUUGCUGAAUCUUUUCAAUGUCCUAAUUGUUACUAUUACUUUUUUCCCCAAUUGAAAGAAAUGUUUUUUAUCAAGACUUGCUUUGUUUGACUCGAGGAUCAGUUCAAUAGGAAAUACUUUAUUUCAGCUUGCAGUAUAAAGAUGAGAUUUCAGAAUGUAUGGGAUUUAUGGGAUUAUUGAAAGGAUUCAUCAGCAUGUUUUCAAAAUAUUUAAGCAAAAUUUUCCAAACACUUUCUUAAAUUUAAUAAAGAUCAUAAGUUUUUAGAAUACAUUGUUGAAAUAUUUAAUGUAAAUCAGACUUUUAUUACCGCAUCAGCAUAACUUUAACCUUCCAGCAGGCAUGCUCUUUUCACGACGAGGCCGGGUGCGGUGUAUCAAUUUGAUAUUGCUGAGUUACUGGUUAAAUUAGGUUAUUUUAUUGAAAUUUUGUCAAAUAACUUAACUUUUAAGUAAUUUAACUAACAUAGAAUGCAAAAUUCAUUCCUGAUUAUAGUUUUUCAAAAUUUCCUCUAUACCCUUGGGAUUCUUAAAAUGAAACAUUUUCCUACCACCCGUCAUGUUAGACGGCAUAAGUAACCUGAAAUCUAUAAUGCUCAGUAUAAAUAUCUCGUUUGGGCGCAACAUAUCAAUUUGAUUUUUACUAUUUAAUAAUAAGAUAAUGUAUCAGUAGAUAUACUAAUAUGAAAAAAGCCACUUCCCAGGGGGAAAAAAUAAUAGAAUUGUCAAACUUAAAAAAGUGAGGUGCAAAGGUGUGGUGUAUCAAUUUGAACAAAACAGCCAAAAUGUACACUCUGAAAGUGUUUUCUACACACUAAACGGCCUUGACCUAUAAGGGAAAGGAAAACAUAAAGCUGCCGAUAAGUAGAGCUUGCUUUCAUCUCUCACUUACAUGUGCGAAACAAAAACGGUUGGCUUGUAUCAAUCUGAUCAAGUGCACCCGAGGGAAGGUUAAGAAAUGUAAAUAGUCAAAUCGAAAAUCCUUUGGGUUAAUUCCCCCAUGUUAAAGGCCAUUAUUGUAGGACAUUUGCAAUAUCAGACAGAACUCAUGAGUAAUUCGGAACCCCGUGAACUGUUAUAUAAACUUGAUUAAAAAAUCUGAAGUCCAAUGUUUUCUUAAGUGUGUGUGUCCAGACAUUGCUAUAAAGAUGAUGCCAACCUUCGUCAUCCUGACUGCCCUGUGUGUAGCACUCACCUCAAUGAGUUAGCUCAACCCCUACCAUUUGCACAUUGCACCAAUUCUAAGCUUGUCUGUAGCAUUACGGGAACUGCACUCAAUGAGCACAACCCCCCUAUGAUGCUGCCCAACGGUCGGAUCUAUGGAUUAAAGGCUAGUGCAUUCGUAUUUAACUAUGAAUAAAAAGCUAGGGAAGCUAUAAUUGUAAACAUAUAUAUCAAAAUUGUGUGGUCUUAUCUAUGGAUUAAAGGUAAAUUCACUAAUACUAAUAGUACAAUAUAUGCCAAAAGUAACACCACUGAAAUAGCCACAUAUUCGAGGAAAAAAAUCUCAUAGUUGUGCACUAUUUACACUCAUAAAGGGGGCCCGAGUUUGUAAAAAAUGCAAAACAAUCCAGAGAUUUAAUAAGUCUACACCAAGUAACAUGGUUCAGCUGCCUAUUUUCAAAAAAUUGCAUCGUUUUUGAAGUGUUCUGUCUUGUCGGAAGGAUAAGAUCAGUAAAUGUCUCAACAAAUGUGAUCAUGUACAUUUUCUACAGCCCCUUAGAAGUCUAUGAAGAACAUCUUUGAAACUGAAACUGGUGCAUUUUGGUACUGGAUACAGGUUGGACAAUUCUUGACAGAGCCAGACAUUUUGGUACUGGAUACAGGUUGGACAAUUCUUGACAGAGCCAGACAUUUUGGUACUGGAUACAGGUUGGACAAUUCUUGACAGAGCCAGACAUUUUGGUACUGGAUACAGGUUGGACAAUUCUUGACAGAGCCAGACAUUUUGGUACUGGAUACAGGUUGGACAAUGUUUGACAGAGCCAGACAUUUUGGUACUGGAUACGGGUUUGACAAUUCUUGACAGAGCCAGACAUUUUGGUACCAGAUACAGGUUGUAUUUUGGAGCAUUUUUGGCCAUGGUGUACAAGGAUCCAUAUUGUUUUAGGAAUGUGUGGCUCACAGGCGAAAGUCACAUUUACUUGGAAGGCUUCAUCAAUUGCACAGACAACUCACUCCCUUAUUUUUGAGCGGUUAGGUGUUAUUGUCCAGAGACAGUUACCCCGUAUCCGCGGACGAUAUGAUGUGCCAUUUGAGCACAUGGUCUAGUAGUCCCCUCUACUAUUUCACUGAGGAUGAGGACAGCAAGGCUCUCAUUGUCACCAAAAAAACUACAGAGACAAGGUCAUCGAAUCAUUUCAAGAUUUGAAAUAGUAUAACAAGGUAUGUGGAAGCUUUAAUUGAAAGACAGGACAGUAAGAUAAUAAUGUUUCGGCUAAGACCCUUCAAGAUUUGAGAAGGUUCUGUAAUGCAAGGAAUCUGUACUUAGUGGCAUCAAACAGGACAGGUGACCAGUCAUAUCACUUGAGAAUCUAUUGUGAAGCUGCAGUAAAAAGUUCCUGGACAAAUCAUUUCAUGUGGUACUACUGAUUUCUCAUACCUGCCUCACUCCCCUGAUCUUACUCCACCUGAUGCCUACUUGUGGGGAAUGUUAAAGGAGAGUGGUUUCAACUGUGAAGAAUGCCAAGAACUGUGCCUGUAUUAAGUGAGCAAAUAUUCUUCUUCUCGCUGGAUUCUGCAGCAACCAUUGUUCAGUAAUUUGUUUGAAAAUCUAAGUGAGCUAUACUAUAAGAACACUGUCUACAACAAGGGGGUGCACAGCAUGAGCAUUUUCGUUACACAUACCAUAGUGAAUAAAAUUGCUAUUGAUGUGCAGGUUAGUUUCUUUCAGGAGAAAUAGAUUUACAGAUGGCAACAAGGAAAUAUUGUUUGUUUUCCAGUACUGGUACUUGUGGUGCGUGCUGUAUUUAUUCUUAAUCUUAAAAUGUAAUUUAAAAUCACAUCCUGAGACUUGUUGAUCAUGACAAUGUUAUACCUGCAGCAUCUUGUAGUUAAUAUUGUGAACAAUUGCAAAGCAACUUGUAGUUCUUUAGUUAAGCUAGUUGAACAAUAUUUUUAAAAGUAAAUUUUUCAUUGCUAACUUCUCCAUGUGCUUUAGAUUGAUGUUGACAUUCAGAGCUUAUUUUAUUUUCAUAUAUUUCAAUUUCCAGGCAUUAGAGAGCAUGGCUGCGGUUAAUGAUGGCAGAGUUGUCUGCCCUAGGACUCGUGAGAUUUAUCAUGUUGACAACCUCGAGAAAGUGUUUGUUAUGUGA